GGGGUAGUUACUUGCAACCAUCAAGUGAGAGAAUCAUCACACGAGUUCAGACACAGUCAGGGUAGCUUGUGAGGUGUAUCGUGUGUAUUGUUUCCAAUUCCAAAUUUCACCUCAAACUUAAAGUACCUGAAUUAUUUAGACCAUUUUCCAUCCAUAAGUGUUUAUUUUUUUAUUUGAUUAUUUUUCAAACUGCUUGAAUUUUUACGCGAUUCAAGUGUUCUUUUAAGAUUUAUUUUUUUUUCGUCUUGAAUAUUAUCAUUUCAUUCAAGCUCUGAUUUACCGGCAAGUUAAUUCAUUCUAUUGCGACUAAUGUAAUUUGAAAUUACUCCAGCUGCGAGAAUCAGUUAUUGGGACUUCCCUGUUUCAAAUAAUUUUCUUGUGUAACUACAAAAACUAUUAUAAUGGACGAAAGGAAUAUAUAUGUUCAUCUAGAUAAUUUCUCUGGACAAGACCAUCAAUCUCAAUCAUCUCCUGCAAUUAAUAUAGAAUCAUCUCUAUUUGGAGGCCGUAAUACUUUUCGUGAGAAUCUAAGUCACUCACCACAAGGAAGCAUUGGAUCUGAAUGCUGGAGUUCAAGUCCACCAGGAACAGCAUCGCCAUGUAGGAGUUCUUCUUCUUAUGGAACAUCUCCAUAUGACUUUGGUGUCAGUUCAUUACUUGAUAAUAUUUCUCAAGCUGCAAAUGGGCUUCCAUGUGAUAUCCAAUCAGCUUCUGCUGAUGAAGUAAAAACUCAGGAUACGGACUCUGAUAACAAAGCUGAUGACUUUUCAUUAUUUACAAGUUCAGCGCCAGUUCCAUCUAGUUCUCAGAUGGUACAAGAUUCAAAUCCAUCAUCACCGACACAACAAAAAUCUCAUCAUUGUGGUAUUCAUGGACAUACUUCUACACGUUAUUGUCAAUCUUGCAAUCAAACAUUCUGUAAUAUUUGUGUGAUAUUUUAUCAUCACGGUCAUACGACAAUGGAUUUAAUUGCUGCAUCUGAGCUUGCAGAUAUGCAGAGUAAUCAGAUUUUGAGUGAUAUAAAAAUUUGUGUCGCAAAACAACAAGAAAAUUUAUACUCAGUUCAGAAGGCCGCACAAAAUCUUGAAUACGACGCAGCUACAGCUAAAAUAGAUGUUUCAUUAUAUAUUGAGCAAGCAAGACUUGCUCUGCAAAAACGUGAACAAGAACUUUAUGCACAAAUUGACCACGUAAAAAAUAAAAAAUUUAAGUUUUUACAAUUUCAAGAUUACAAUUAUAAAAAUACUAUAAAUCAACUAUUGAGAAUUUCUGAAGAAAUAACUAACGCCAAGGAUCUAUCUAAUGCUAUUGGAAAUCCUGUAAACCUUUUCCGUACUAAAGCAGAAGCUUCUCCUAAGGUAUUGAAGAUUAAAAACAACCAUUUCCUUCAUGCAUCAGUCAAAAAUCAUAGGAUAUCAUUUUCUGCAACAGCAGAUAAUAUUUUGUGUGUGAUUAGCAACUUCGGUAGAAUUAAAUUGAAUUCUAUUGGAUCCAUAGGUGAUGGUAGACCUCUUAAAGGCCGUGGCAGUUUACUUCAUUCUUCUCAGUCGGGUGCACCCGGGAGACCAUUACCAUCCGUUAAUAGUCCAGUUAUCGUAGAUAUUCAGGAUUAUUUCUCAUUUCCUGCGCCAAGUCUUGUGAUUAGAAAUACUGAUGCAGAACCUAAUUUCUUGUCUAAGCCUUGGGGUGUUGCUUGUGACAAAGAUGAAAAUAUUAUUGUUACUGAUAGGAUACAUAAUUGUAUUCAAAUAUUCAAUCAAGGUGGUAGGCUAAUGAGAAAAUUUGGAACACAAGGAGGAGGUCCAGGGCAAUUUUGCAGACCAGCAGGAAUUGCUGUCGAUGAAUGGCGACGCAUCAUUGUAGCUGACAAAGACAAUCAUCGGGUUCAAAUUUUUACAAUGGAAGGGGAUUUUAAAUUAGCCUUCGGUAAACAAGGAAAGAACGAUGGUGAAUUUGAUUAUCCAUGGGAUGUUGCAACAAACACAGACUGUCAAAUAGUGGUAUCAGAUACACGGAAUAAUCGAGUUCAAUUAUUUAGUCCACAUGGCGUCUUUCUACGUAAAUUUACGGGUGAAAAAGCAAAUCUGUCUAAAUCAUUAGAAUUGUUACCGCGUGGUGUUACUUUUAAUCCGAAAGGUGAUAUUGUUGUAACGGAUUUCAAUCUUCACCACAUAGUGGUCAUAAAAUAUAAUAUGGUCGAUUACAAAAUUAUUGAUGGUGAUUAUACUAAGGCACCGAAAAAAUUCUUUAGAUUACAAAAAAUUGUCGUUGAUGACGAAGGAAAUAUGAUAGUUUCUGAUUCACGUAACAAUAGAAUACAGGUGCUAGAUUCUGACGGUAAUCUUAAAUACAAAUUCGGAAGUCUUGGAAUAGGACAUUAUCAGAUGAAUAGUCCAGCUGGUAUUGCGUUAACUCCAGAAGGUCGAAUUGUCGUUGUUGAUUUGAAUAAUAAACGAGUAAUAAAAUAUUAAAAAGCACUUCAGAGAAUCUUAUCAUAAGCUUUGAGUUUAAAAAAGAAAGAUUCAAUUUAAAUUAUAAAAGUGAUUAUAUUUUCUUAUUGGUACUGUACUUAUACGCGUAAAACGCAGAAAUUGCUCAUUGGUUAAUGUUUCUGACAAACGUUUUUUCAUCUUGACAUAUUCAUUAGAUUAUUAAAGGAGUCAUGAACUUUCUUAUAAUAUUUAAUUAAGCUAAAAGCCGUUUGCAAAAUAACGAAAAAACAAAAAUAAAUAGAGAAGAAAAGAAUAUUUUCAGUUAUGUCAUAGUGUUGUCUUAGUUUUUUGUUUUUAAUUUCAAUUAGUAAAAAAUUCAAUACUCCUUGUUUUUUAAAACUAUUUUUGAUGAUUACGUUUUUGAAUAAAAAUAUUUACGUAGAGCUCAAAAUGAAGUUAUAAAUAAAAGAGAACAGAAAAACAAAAGAUGAAAAAAAAUCAAACAAAUCAUUUGGGAACAAAACGAAAAUUAUUUAACGAGAUAGAAAGUAGUGGAAAUUUCAUUUUUUAUGUUUUUGAUAUAUUAUAAAACAUAUUUUAACCUAUUUUUAUUUUAUCAAUGGUACGCGCAAAAAUAACUAGAUUUUAUUGUAAAAUCAUUGCUUGUAUUUAUACAGUAAGACUGAUGCAAGACUGAAAUGAAAUGAUAAUACAAGUCAUGUUUUUGUUGCAUUCCUAACAAAUUAGUUAUGACUUGAAAAAAAAAACACAAGCAAAAUUUUCAAUUGGAAACUUUGUAGUUAUUUUAGAUAGCGCGAGUUAGGUUAAUUUAUUUUUUUUAUUCUUAUAAUUAAAGUAACUGUUACUUUAAAAUAAAUAAUCUCAAUCAAUGUUGUCAAAAUCGUCUUCUCUAUACAUGUAGUAUAGUAUUGUGUGAUCAAAUUUGACGAUUUUUUUUUAAAUAACACUCAUUUUUUUUUUUUUUUUUUUUUAUUUUAAUUGUUUUUCUAGUAUAUAGCCGUAGUAACGGCCUUUUACACUUUUUUGCCUUUAUAUCGCAACUGCUUUACUUCUCUUUCUGCCUUCAUUGUGCGGCUGUGGCCCGACUUGUGCUUAUACUGUACUGCAUCAUUACGGUGAUGCCCUACAACCUCCCUUGUGCAAUGGAGGUGUAGUGGCGUAGGGAAACCACAGAGAAAACCUAGCCAGUACAGUUUCGGUUUGGGUGAAGCUCCAGUGAUCGAUAAAAUUCCCAUUUUACCGAUCACUGGAUCUUCAUCCCGCGCCUAACGGUCAGAGACCUUCGUUCGAACCCAACGCGUGGCUAAACGGUCACCCAGCCAAGUAGUGGCCAUGCUCAAUGCUACUUAACUUCGGUGAUCGCCCGAGCCACGCGCGUGCCGAACGGCUGCCUCAGCCGCCCAAAUAACACUCAUUGUACAAUUAGUUAAUUUUUCAGUUUUUCAAUGAGUUGCUAAUUUUAAGUAGCGCGAAUUUUUUUUUUAAUACAUCGAUAUAUUUUUAGUUUAUAAUUUUUAUUUAAUUGAUAUGAUUGACUAUUUUUUGUACGAAAUUAAUCAUUUAGUUGAAAAAACUAUGAGAUCAUUCAAACGAUUUGACUUCUUAGAAUUUCGUAAAAUCCACACAAAUAUCGCAAAACAUGAAAGAAUAAGCGUAAGAUGGAUAAUUGAUAGUGAGACUUCAAAUGCAAUUAAUUUAGCCAAUAAUAUUAGUAUAGUUGAUAUCUUUUGUUUUAAGGCUUUCAUAUGAAAUUUGAAAAAUGUAAUAAAAUUAUAAGUAAACAAACUGUGUACGUUAUUUGUGAAUUUUCUUAACUCCGUAUUUGAAAAUAUAAAAAAUCAAAGGUAUGAAUUUUUACUUUAUUUAACAAAUUAUUGUAUUUAAUUUGUGGUCACAAUUAGUUGUAAGAAGUGCGCAAUAAUAAACAUAUCUGACGCAUAUAUCAAAGAGCUCGAUAUUUUAAAAUUAAUUAAUUUAUGCACUGUAAAAAAUUUUUGGUGUGAAAAUGGUCUUCGAGUACUUUACACCGUAUCCUUGGUGUGAAAUUUUUUUGUUGUGAAUCAUCAAGGGACGUAGUUUUAACAUGGUGUGAGUACUUUUAAAAUAAGGAUUUAACAUUUACACCGUUGGUGGUGUAAUCGUUCUAAUUCACACGGCCAAAAAUUUAAUAUUGUGUGUCGUAGGACUUUCAAACUGGCGGUAUUGAAAAUUUUCUCAAAAUUUCUUACAGUGGGGUCAUAUAUGUUUUCAAUUCAUUUUAAACGAGACUUCGAUUUCAUUCAAAUGCCUCAUUAACCGAUGCUUGCAUAUAACUUUCUUUUAUUGUAAGCAAAAAAGAUAUGAAAGAGUAAACUUUAUAAAAAUAAAAACUAAGAGUUGAAGUUUUUCUAGUUGAAUCUUUGUUUUCUAAUUGGCAAUGGUUGAAUAUUAUAUACCUAUAUUGUUGGCUGUAUACUGUAAAAAUGUAACGUUAUAUAAAUAUGAAUGUUUACUGAAUGGUUUGAAAAAGUUAAACUAUAAAAUCCAUGUAAAUUUACAUAGUUUUCACAAAUUAAUUAUGAAUAAAAAUUUAAUGGAUAUAACUCAACUUUUUAAAAGUGUUAACUAUACUAUUGUUUUUUGUUUUGAUAUUAAAUAAAAUAUCAAGGAGUCUAAUUCCAAAUCAGCACUAAUGGAAAAUUGAAAAAAAAAAGUCCUGAAACUGUAAAAAUUUGAAUAAUUUUUUUUUUUUGUUUUAUUUUGAAUUAAAAAGUAAUGCAAAAUCAAGUUAUUAGAAGAAUUACGGUAGAAUACAGCAAAGUUCGGUAAUUUACCGCAAUUUGUGGAAUUUUUCCGUACUUAUUAUUGUUGAGGUUUCAGUCUCUAAAUAUAUGUAGUUGCGUGACGAAUAAUGUCAAUUCGUUAGGACUGUUGACAAAAGGUCUAUUAUAAAUAUAUACGAUGUGUUGAAAACUGUAAGUUGUGAUGUUGAUUAUCAGCUCUAUAUUAUUGAUAUUGAAAAGAAAGUCUUCGUUAAUUUUAAAAACAAGUAUUCUUAAAAGUUUAUAUUUGAAUGGCUAGCAUUAAAUGAAAAUGAAAUUUUCAAAAUGACAACAAUUUAUAAUUAAAAAAAUUUUAAUCAAAGAUAAUCUAUAAAGAUAUGUGAAAAUAUUUACUAAGUAAAUUGAGGAAUUGGUUAUGACCGACGUUUAUAACUAUUUCAGAAAUAUACUGUUACAUUUUUUACUGCAAGAUUACAUGCUAAAAUAUUUGUUUUUGCUCUAUGAUUUUGUAUCAAAUAUUAAUUCUCUAGUAUAAUUGUGAAUUUUUUGUUAUAUUAUAAAAAUCGUCUAAUUAAUUGUGUAUGUAGUAAUG